CUGGGCAGGAGACAUUGCAAGCCAAGGAGCACCUGGUGCUAUCAAUCAAGAGGGUAGAUCGUUUUGUGAACUCCGGUGAUCCAGAAGAACUGCUUUAUUUCAGAGCCUGACUGCCCUCCAUAAUUUCUCCCGUUUCAGAUUUGUCUCCCGUUAUAUUUCUACCCAUUUCUUUCCAUCCCACCCCCACCACCUCAACCAACCGAACAGGAGAGGAUUUAUCUUUACUGCCUUGGAAUUUAAGUUGCCGACAGCAUGGUGUCCCAAAAGGUUUGGCUUUUCUGCCUGUUGCUGACUUUUGUGUGUUCUUUUCACAUCAAUGUCAUCCCUGGGGUCUCUGCUACUCAAGACGACAAAGAUGAUGAUGACAAUGAUGAAGAACAUGGAGAUUUGAAGGAUGAUGAUCAUGAUAACAAUGACAAAGAUGACGAUAAUGAUGAUGAUGAUGACGAUGACAACAAGGAUGAUGACAAUGAUGAGCAUGACGAAGAUAAUAAUGACGAUGAAGAAGACGAUGAAGAUGACAAUAAUGAUGAUGAGGAUGAUGACAACGGCGAUGAUGAUGAUGAUGAUGAUGACGGUGAUGAUGACCAUGACGACAAUGAUGACGACGACGAUGAUGACAACGACCAUGAUGACAAUGAUAAUGAUGAUGAUGAUGAUGAUGAUGACCAUGACGACAAUGCUGAUGACGAUGAUGAUGACGACGACCAUGACAACAAUGAUGACGAUGAUGAGGAUGACAGCAACGAUGAUGACAACAGUGAUGAUGGCGACGACGACGAUGAUGAUGAUGACGACAAUGACCAUAACAUUGAUGAUGAAAAAGAUGAUGAUGAUGAUGGUGACGAUGACAAUGACAACAAUGAUGAAAAAGAUGAUGAUGAUGAUGAUGGUGCCGACGAUCAUGACAACAAUGAUGAAAAAGAUGAUGAUGACAGCAAAGACCAUGACAACAAUGAUGAAAAAGAUGAUGAUGACAGCAAAGACCAUGACAACAAUGAUGAUGACGAUGAUAAAGAUGAUGACAACGACAACAAUGACGAUGACGAUGCUGAUAAGAAGGAAGAUGAGGAAGGUGAGGAAGAAACUGGAGGGUACAAAGAUGGGUCUCUGUGCAGUUACUGCACCUUCUGUGAGCACUGCGAUGAUUGUGAUAAAUGUCCGUGUGAGGAAGGAGACGAAAGCGAGCAUUGUGAAGAUUGCAAGUACUGUCAGUUCUGUUAUGUGUGCCCUGUAAUAUGUGAAACAGUUUGCAAACCAGGCAGCUACGUAGAUGAAUUUUCAUCAACAAUAUAUCAAUCCAUCGCAAAUGUCUUCGAACAGCCUGAGCAUUAAUUGUGUCUGUCUACAGUCAGAGAAACUGGGCACUAAUACCCAGGAACAGGAGCCAAGCCACAUCUCUGCCCUUAACGCUUUGCUCUGAUGAACUGUGUCGCUGAUCGUUUUUUAUUUAAGAAGAAUUCGCUUCCAUCUGAAAGUCUCUCCAAAUGAGCCCCUUGUCAUGAGGCAGAAUCCAUAAGAGAAUGGGGUGGAGGUGUGAAUCCCAAUGACCUACAGCCUCCAUCUUCAUCUCUCCUUGAAACCCCCAACUUUGAGGCCUCCUAGGACCUGCCUUUUCAACACAGCCUGCCUUUAAAAGGCCCAGUUGCUUCACUGAUCUUCCCUUUCGGGGUUGGACUCUUCCCGUUCACAGCCCCACCCAGUCUGGGGUACAGACAUGAUCCUCUCCCACCACCCC